AUGGCAAGUGGAAAUUCAGAGGCAGGAAAACGCAAUGCACUGUGUUUGGUAGAAAGUGAAGGAAUAGAAACAAAGUGUGUUAAGAGACGGAGAAGAGAUGUUUCAGUAGCUGCUUUGAGCUCGAAUGAUCAAGAAAAAGGUAACCAAAAUAUUCAAACUUCUAGUACUGCAACUGCUACGACUGUGAAGAGAAGUUCAAGAUUUCGUGGAGUUAGUAGACACAGAUGGACUGGACGAUAUGAAGCUCAUUUAUGGGAUAAAGGUUCUUGGAAUGCAACACAGAGAAAGAAGGGAAAACAAGUAUAUCUUGGAGCUUAUGAUGAAGAAGAAUCUGCUGCUAGAGCAUAUGAUUUAGCAGCUCUCAAGUACUGGGGAAGAUCAACUUUUACAAAUUUUCCGGUAUCUGACUAUGAGAAAGAAAUUGAAAUUAUGAAAAAUGUAACGAAAGAGGAGUACUUGGCAAGUUUAAGAAGAAGAAGCAGUGGUUUCUCAAGAGGUGUAUCCAAGUACAGAGGAGUUGCAAGGCACCAUCACAAUGGAAGAUGGGAAGCAAGAAUAGGAAGAGUGUUUGGAAACAAGUAUCUCUACCUAGGCACUUACAGUACUCAAGAGGAAGCUGCACAUGCCUAUGACAUUGCAGCCAUUGAAUAUAGAGGCAUAAAUGCAGUGACCAACUUUGAUUUGAGCACAUACAUUAGAUGGCUAAGACCAGGAGCUCACUCUUCUGCAAAUGCAAUAGUCCAAGAACCCAAGUCUACUAUAGACUCUUUAACAAUUCCAACCUUCUCUAACCAUAUCAAUCCAACUGACAAAAUAAUCCAACAACAGCUACCACUUUUUCAGUCUAAUAACAGUCCUUAUUCUAUGGAAGAAUUAAACGGAACUUUUAAAGAAUCAGAUAUUUUUAAAACAAAUACACCCAUUACAAUUAGUCCUUGUACUGUAUCAUCAGCACCUUCUUCUUCUUCUUCUUCUCCAACUGCACUUAGUCUCCUGCUUAAAUCUUCCAUGUUUAAAGAGCUUGUGGAGAAAAACUUGAAUUCGGCAGCGGAUUUUGAUGAUAAUGAGGAAAAAGUAUUUUCAGAAAAUAGAGAAAUAAUCUAUAAUGGAACGAGUCAGAUUCCAUAUAUGUACCCUUCAAACGGGGAUGCAUUGCCUGGUUUAGAGUCCCAAGAAGAGAAUACAUUGCCUUUGUAUAAUAGAACAGGGCAGUCAAUGAUCUAGAAUGGCCACCACUCAAGCAUGCUUUUUUUUUUUUUUU